UUUCCAGCAGCAGCAAGACUGACUGAUGCACAUCGGCGGUGUUCUCCUCCACCUACAACAGCUCUGCACAUACACCAGCUCCCCAUCGCCUGAUAAACUCACCCUGAAUGCAACUUUGGAAAAGGGACCUGCUUAUUUAAUAGGGCCACAGAGCGUGUUUUGAAGUGCACUGGUCUUGUGGAGUACAAGAAACACUCCAGCAUCAGGAUGAGAGCGAUUAACUUGGACACGUACAGCCUGUCUCUGCUGACCGCUAAAGAAGACAUCCUCAACCCGCGAGCAUCCACCAACUGGGCCUUAUUUACAUAUGAGGGAGUGAGCAACAAUCUCAAACUCACAGAUUCAGGAGCUGGAGGUUUGACAGAAUUGGUUGGGAAAUUUCACAACAGCAGGCCCGUGUAUGGCCUAUGCAGGGUGGGACUGACAGAAACAGGACAACCGCAGAUCGUCAUGGUCUGCUGGGUUGGUGAUGGUGUGGAUGAGAAUCGCAGAACUGAAUGUGCCAGUCAUGUGCCUGCCAUCAAGAACUUCUUCAAGGAGGCUCAAGUAUUUAUUACAGCCUCACAGCAAGAUGAGGUGACGGAGGAGCAGAUUUUGGCUGCGGUUGCAAAGAUUCGACCACCAAUGGAGAGACUGAGAAGACCCUCAAAGACAGUGGAUAAGGAGGAGACUGUGGGGACAAACUACAGGAAGACUAAUGCUGCAAUGGAGAUGAGACGAAUUAACAGAGACUCCUUCUGGGCACGUGCAGAGCGUGAGGAGGAGGAGAGAAAGGAAGAAGAGCGACGAAGGGCUCUAGAAGACAGGCGACGCUGGGAGAGAGAAAGAGUCUUGAAAGAAAAAAAAGAGGCUGAAGAAAGAGACCGAAAGAUGAAUGAAAAGCUGCAGAUGAUUGAAGAACAGAGGAGGAUCCAGGCUCAGCUUGAGGAAGAAGGUCGAAAAGAAGAGAAGUCGAAAUGGGAGCAGCAGCAGAAAGAGCAUGAGGAGGACAUGAGGGCUCGGCUCAGACGCAGCGAGUCCAUUGAGAAAGCAGCAGAGGCAGCAGCACUUGUUUCCCAGCGCUCCAUGAAUCCCAGAGAGUUUUUCAGACAGUUAUCAGCAUCUUCACAAAAUUCUUCAAGUCCUGGAUCACCACGCUCAGGAAAAUCUCCAUUCCGUCGCUACCAGCGCAGUUUGACAGACACUGCAUUCAUCUUUGAGAGGACCAACUCUAUCUCUGGUCCCACAUCUCCACUCAGUCCCUCUGCGAGAUCUCCAUUCACACGCACCGCAUCCACAUCCUCAUACACAUCCUACAAAUGUCCAGCAUCUCCACUUAGUCCAACUUUCCGGAGGAUCCCUUCCCCACAGCACUCUCCAACAUCCCCCCCUACAUCGCCUCCACCACGCUCCGUCCCACCGGCGUCUCCUCUUCCCAGUCUGCCAGCCUCCAGACCCCCUCCACCCCAGUCAACACCACCCAGCCGACCUCCUCCUCAAGCCCCAGUCCAGCAUCCAGCUCCACCUGCAUCUCCAGAGCCGCUGGACGUUCUCAAUAAGUCAGAGACGUACAUCUGUGAGGUUAACAGAGAGGAAUUCACUGUCGCUACAGAGCGUCCCACAGCUUCAUUCUCUGAUAACCCUGUCAACACUACAGAUUUUGAUACUGCCUCUCCUGUGCUGUGUGAAUCAAAAUCAGAAGUGGACUUCACAGUUAAGGCUGUGCUGGUUGAAGAAGAUGAGGAAGAAGAAGAAGAUGAUAAAGUAGAGGUAGAAGAACCAGAGGAACCUUCAACUUCAGAUAUCAAAGUCAGCACAAACUAUGAAGAAACGGUAAAAACAGUAGCAGAGGAAGUGGAGAGUGAGGAUGAGAAGAGUAUAAUCAGGCCUCUGGUGGAGGUUGAGGAGCAGGAGCAGGAAACCGUGUCUGAAUCUGAGGACGAAGGAGACGCUGAGGAGGAGUCGCCUGCAGAAUCACAGGACAUCCAGAACACUAAUGCGGAGGAGCAUUUACAAGCUGAAGAAGACAGAAAUGUGGUCUCAGAUGAUGAAGCUGAGGAAGAUCUACCAGAGAACCAAGAGUUGUGUGUGAACGUAUCUGAGUUUGAGCUGAUGACUGGAGAAGAUGAAUUUGAAUGUGGGACACCGCUCAACGGGACAGUAGAGGACGUGGAUGUAUCUGAGCACAGCACACCUGAGCGCUACUGUUACACCGUCAACCGUGAGGAGGAAGAUGAAAUCCAGACGGAGGUUUUAAAAGAGAAUGGCGAAUCAUCACCAGAAAGACUUCUGCGCGUCAGAGCUUUAUACGACUACCAAGCAGAGGAUGACACUGAGCUGUCUUUUGAACCUGGUGACAUCAUCAGCGAUGUGGAAACAAUCGACAAAGCGUGGUGGAGGGGCUGCAGCAAAGAUGGACGCCAGGGACUUUUUCCUGCCAACUUUGUAGAGACCAUCUAAAGACUUCUCAAUUAAAGUUGGUUCCUCUUCCCCUUUUCUCUUCACCAGUUCUCAGGGACUAAAAACAUAAAGCCCCGUCCAUGAGGACAUAGCAUGUGCUCUGAGACUAAGAGUCACAGGAAAAGGGUCUGGAAGUGAAGCGUUCACAGGCAGAAUCCGGCCAACAAUCCUUUACAAGCAGCCAAAGUCCACAAUGGAGCCUUUCAUGAUCGUCCACUGCAAGACUGAGGAGGAUUCUCACACGACGCCAGCUCAGAUACUGAUUCAGUACACUUUCUGUUACACAAAUUAUCACACACUUUACAUCAUUUAUUUUUUUACACACGGUUCUUACUGUUAUCAUUACCAAAGGUGGUGGAGCUGUCUACUGAAGAACAGAUUUCAGUUUAUUAAUCCAGCUUACACAGUCACGAAUCAGCUGACCCUGAAUAUAGAAACUUUUUUACUGUCUUACCAGUUUGAUAAUGUAGGUUAUGUAGCCGUUACAUGCCAUGUGUUUUGUUUUUUUAAAGCAGAGAUGUGUUUACAGCUGUUUGAAAGGCCGAGACCAAAUGUAAUCAAAGCUUACGGCUUCAUGUAGAAAAUAUUGCUUAGAAACAGUGCUAUAUUUAAAUUAGGACUAUUUUUCAAUGUAAUACAGAGAGAUGAAUGUGCAAAUGUAUGCCUUUCUUCCAGAUGUCAAAUCUACGAAUCCCUAAUCAGAGAAUCUUUCAGAGCUCUGCCCUAUAAAACAUCCAUUGUUUUACUUUGUAAAAGAGCACAAGCCAAUAUCUAAAUCUUUUACUUCUUAAUGGAGAGCCGAAAGAAUUGUUUAGGAAAAGAGUGAGACCUGAUCAGAUUUCAAAAUUCCUCUCGUUUUGUAGCUUAUACUCUAUCCUCAAAAUUGUAUGUACACACUUUUUCAAAAUAAGAUCAGAUCUUUAAAAAACUGGGUUUUAUUGAUAUAAACUAGCCUAGCAGAGAGGAUAAACCAUAACUAGUGGGUCCCGACAUUAUCUAGGACACUAUGCUAUGAUUACAAUAUUGUGCCUUAGCAAACAGUGCUUUUGUAUGUAUGUUUCUUUAUUUAACCAGAUUUCAAAAGUUCACACUUAGCUGAUGAUUGAUUGCAAAGCUUGUUUGGCAUGCUGUCCCGGGAGAGAGCCCUGAGCUCAUAAGAUCAUCGAGCCCGGGGCUCCCUCCCGUUUGCAAGGCGAGAGGGGAGUUUAAGCUAAGGUAGAUCUUGAGAACUUUCCUGCUGUAGUAGCUAAUGAACAGAGUGAUUGCUUUUAAGAGAUAGCUACUUAUUAGGAGCAUGUCUAUGGUGCCAAUUUGGAUUAGUCAAAUAACAUAAGUUAAGCAUGUUUUUGGACAGUGAGAGGAAACCGGGGAACCCGGGGGAAACCCACGUGAGCACGGGGAGAACUUGUAAACUCCGCACAGAAACCUCGGCUGGUUUGGUAAGAACUAGAUCCAGUGACGUUCUUGCAGUUAGGCAACAGUGCUAACCACUGGGCCACUGUGCUACCCAUCUAGGAAAGGAGGAGGAGUAGGGGUGGAAGGGGGAUUCUUCAAAAUGAAGAUGGCUGUUAUAUCGAACUUAGGGUAUUUAUAGUGGCUUAGGAAUCGUCUGAUUGGUGAAUCAUAAAUUGGAUAAUGCGGGACCAGCUGCAAGCAAUCAUAAGCACGUAAUCCUCUUGAAAUUAGGAAAAAAAAAAUCACUUACAAGGGUGACUUGGCCAAGAGAUCUGCAACCCACGACCUAUGAAAAAUAAUAAUAAAAAGUAAAGAUACAGAUUAGUUAUUCAGCUAUACCACAUUACAAUAUGUUAAAAACACAUAUGUUGAGAAUUGGACUGUUGUUGUUUGUUAUAAAGGAUAGAGUGAAAUGACUUGAUUGGGAUGAGCUCAGACAUUUUUAGUUUAGACUGAAGAGUAUUCCUGGAUGAGGGGGGGAGCAUGACUAAAGGCUCGCUUCCCCAUUUCAGUUUGAACCCAGGGAACAGUCAAAUGAUAAGAUUCACUUGAACGUAGGGCAUAGUGAUAUUAGACACCAGUUGAAUAGAACUUGGCAGCCAUUACAUGUUUUUAAAUAUUCUGAAACUUGUCAGAUUUAAAUUCUUGCGUAUAAACUAUGGUUCAAAAGGUUAGGGUCUGUAAGAUUAAUAUUAUCAUUUAAGUAAAUCGCUUCUGCUCACCAAUUCUGUACACUCUCAGAAAUAAAGGUACAGGCUCUGUCACUUGGACAGUACUUUUUCAAAAGAGACACAUUUGAGGAGUUCAGAUGCAGAAACCUCUAAGUGCCAUCUGUAAUUUUCUUCUACAAUGAGCAUUUUUCUAAGCCUCAUGUUUAUGUUCAGUUAUUUCAUGUUUAAAGCGAUGACAGUAACUCAUUAUUUACUAUAAAAGUGACAUUUCUAAAACCAAGACAUAGAAGCUUGAGAAAAAUGGAAAUAUUAGAAGAAAAUUCAGAUGGCACUUAGAGGUUUUUGCAAACUCUUCAUUUGCUCCAAAGACUCUAGAAUACACCUUAAAGGUACUCUGUUUGUACCCAAAGAGUUCACAGUGGUACCUCAAAGGUGCAUAUUAGUACCCAAAUGUACAGAUGUUACCACUUCAAUAUGUUCCCUCUGCCGCCAUUCUUGCUGUCGCCGCAGCAGUAGUAGGUACGCCUGCAACUUUUGACCGUUAGGUGGCGUUUUAAUCAUAGAUUUUUCAGCUUUGCCUUUCACAAUGCUAGAUAGGACGGUACUGUAUGUGUACCUUAUGUGAUGUGAUGUGUUCAAUUAAAAUGCCAUUUUGUUUGGUUGUUUUGGUUUUCUUAGUAAUAAACAUGCUUUUACACACUGUAAAACCCAAAAACGUUAGGGUAAUUCAAACCGUCUGAGGAAACGUUCAAAAACUAAUCCUAAUGAGUACUGUGAACUUAAUCCAUUUCAGUAAAAGAAGCUAUUUGAGCUCAGUAAAGCCCAAUAAAUGAAGAGAACUCAAACCAACUGAGUACUGUAAAACCCAAUAAGUUAAGGCAACUCAAACCGCUCAAAACUGUUUGCAAAAAACCAUUUGAGUUAAAAAAAUGAAUCUAUAUGAGUACGGUGAACUUACUACAUUUAAGUUAAAGUAAUGAGGUAUUUAAUCAUUACCUUCAACACUGAGUUCAAAACUCUUUUCAAAUAAGUAAAAUUAACUUUUAAGUAAUUUUAAGUUAACCACACUCAUUUCUUUGAUAAAAAUGACUGUUUACUAUACAAUAUGCUCUGCACUGUAUGUUUUAGGAAGGACACAAUACAAGGUGAGAAGCAUAACCCUAGGCUGCAAAAAUUAAGCAAAUAUAAGAAUUAAGUUCUUUACCCUUCAUAGUGCCCUAUUAAAUUGCACUGGGGUGAAAAGAAUGUUCAAUUUCUACAUUUUUAAGUUGACAUUUAAUACCAAAAGAACUUCCUUUGACCAUACUUUGACCAUCAUAACGAUGUUAUAACCUCAAAUCUUAAAUGUGCGCACACUACAAGAUAUGAAAACCGCAGCACAGCACACACUAUAAGAUAUUAUUAAGAUUAUCAUGCCCAAUGGAGCACAUAAGCUGAUUGCAGUAUAGCUUGCUUUAACAAUAAUUAUUAUUUAUUAUAGGCUAGGUUACAAAUAUUUGACUAACUGCCACUACACUGUAAAACCCAACAGUCAUCUUUAUCAAAUGAAAUGAGUGUUAUUCACUCAAAAUUGACUGAAAGUUAAUUCUACUCAUUUGAAAAGAGAUUUGAACUCAGUGUUGAAGGUAAUGAGUUAAUUAAAUACUUCAUUACUUCAACUUAAAUUAAGUUCACAGUACUCACAUAGAUUUGUUUUUUAACUCAAAAGGUUUGUUGCAAUCGGUUUCCUCAAACGGUUUGAGUUGCUUUAACUUAUUAAGUUUUACAGUACUCAGUUGGUUUGAGUUCUCUUCAUUUAUUGGGUUUUACUGUGCUCACCUUGCUUCAUUUACUCAAAUGAAUUAAGUUCACAGUACUCAUUAGGAUUCAUUUUUACACAAAUGGUUUGUUGCAGUCCUCAAAUGGUUUAAGUUACCUUCACUUUUGGGUUUUAUAGUGAACAUGCACUCAAAAUAGGUUCCCUUUUGCAUAGCUAUUAGAGGCGGUUAUGAAAUUAAAUAAAUGGGCAUUAUGGACCCUUCAGGUACAAAUAUGUACCGCUUUGAAAAGGUACUUCUCCAGUGACAGCUCCUGUACCUUUAUUUCUGAGCGUGUAUACGUAAUAUUGCGAAAAUGAUUACAUUAAAAAAAUAACUGCUUUCUAUUUUGAUUUAUUUAGUGUCUUCAGUGUAACAUGAUGUGGAUUUGGUGCUAAAAAAAAACAACAACAUUUCUUUGGCCAUUAAUUAUCAUUGCCAAAACUUAUUUUAACCCCCUUUUAACCCACAUUGAAUUAAUUAAGUUUCCUAUCAAUUCAAAUCAAGUUUGCUUAAUAAACGUGUUUAAAAUGCAUAAAAAACCUUCUGUACUGACCAAAAACUUUUGAACGGUAGUGUAUACGAUAAGGCAAUGUUCACUUUUGUGUAAAUAUGAUUAAAUACAUAUUGUUUUUCCAUGUAAUUUAUUUAUCUGAACAUGAACAGAUAUAUUUCCUCCUCCUAGCAAAGGGUUUAUUCCAGGGUUUAAUUUUUCAGCUAACAAAGUUUUUUUUUUUUAACAUGGAAGAAUCACACCAAUACAUUUACCCUCCUCUAUUUUCCCAGUUAGCCAGUUCUUAUUGUAAUAACCAAUUAGAUGUGUUUUGUUUGUUUGUUCAAUCUGCAAUUUAAUGCUUUGAUGGGUUUGAUUUGUUUCACAGCCAGUUCACUGCCUUCCUUCAUUCUGUUUUGAGUCUCACAAUCAUUAAAAAAAGUUAUUAUUCACACGUGUAUUAAUGCAUGAGAUCAAAUUAAAGGGAUACUGGGUCAAAUAUCUAGUAAAAUCAUUUGACAAAUGCACUGCAAGAAAUAAAAGAGAAUUACACACACACACACAAACAAAACUGCUGCAUUCGCUUUUAAUUAAGGUACAUCUUUACAGUCAUUUGUUAAUGUACACGAAUCUAUUAGUGUCCAAAGACAUGCAGACUGAAAUGACACUUACCACCGGGUAAACAUUCAAUGUUAUCUAGCAGGAUGAGAGUCUCAUAGAAUAUCGAUAUCUUUAUAACAAAAUUAAUAUGGUAAAGUACAACUUUAAUAAAAGCACAAAAUGAAAAUUACAAAACUUUACAAUAACAAAUAAUGUAGACUGAAUAUACAGUUUUUAAAUACAAAUCUGUGGCGUCUGACUGACCGAGAACUGUUCAUUUUGUAUCGCAUCAAAAACCAGGGAAAAACCCUUCUCAAUUCAAAGGGAAAUGUUAGGCUGAUAUUUCUACACUCACAAAAUGGCUUUUGCUGCUUGUUCAAACUAAUGCAAAAUGAGUUGAACAACACAAUUCAAAAGUUGUUUAGGACAACUUAAUUGUUUUAUAUUCAAUACAUUUAAAUUUGUAAAAUAAUUCAGAUGUUUGUUAUAGACUAAACACAAGGAAGUCUUUUUUUUUUUAAUCUAAAAUGACAGAUCAAACAUAAUACCUAAAAUAUUGUGCAGAUGUGUUUUCUGCAUCACAGUCAUUUGAAUCUGUUUAAUAUUUUUAUGGCAAGAUGAAUAGUAACUUCACUCCUGAGGUUUUUAUUGAGCUAAUAACAGUACAGUAGCUUCAGUUAUGGUAAAUAUUGCUAACACAAGUUUUCAGGAAAAUUCGCAAUUUAUCAGAACUGGAAGAAAUGCUGUGAAUUUAAAAAAUUGACUUGCAAGCCAACAGGGGAACAAAAAUAUUUUGAAUAACCCAUAUAGAAAUCUGAUAUAUAGCAUUAUAUGCAAAUGACAUAAUAUAACCUACAAGUUCAUAUUUGGAAUAUGUUUGUAAUUCAAGUGAUUGAAAAACGUAUGUUCAAAUAUAUUGGCUAUAAUUUCAUAUGUGUUCAUAUAUUUGAUAUACGCUCACCGGCCACUUUAUUAGGUACACCUUACUAGUACCAGGUUGGACCCACUUUUGCAUUCAGAACUAGCUUAAUCCUUAGGCACUAGUUUGUGGCGGCCAAGUGUUCAUAUCGACGUCGCUUUUUGAUCUUUCAGUGUCGGCUCUUCCUAUCAUUGUGAAGCAGAAUUCACCCACUAACAGGGAAUGUGAGCUGGGAUUGGACUGUCAUAAGCCAGGUUAGUUUUACCUAUUCCACCACAUCCCAAAGGUGCUCUAUUGGAUUGAGAUCUGGUGACUGUGGAGGCUAUUUGAGUACAUUGAACUCAUUGUCAUGUUCAACAAACCAGUCUGAGAUGAUUCACGCUUUAUGACAUGGCACGUUAUCCUGCUGGAAGUAGCCAUCAGAAGAUGGGUACACUGUGGUCAUAAAGGGAUGGACAUGGUCAGCAACAGUACUAAAGGUUGGAUGUGUUGUGCAUUCAGAGAUGCUCUUCUGCAUACCUCAGUUGUAACGAGUGGUUAUUUGAGUUACCGUUGCCUUUCUAUCAGCUCAAACCAGUCUGGCCAUUCUCCUCUGACUUCUGGCAUCAACAAGGCAUUUGCGCUCACAGAACUGCCGCUCACUGGAUAAUUUCUCUUUUUCAGCCCAUUCUCUGUAAACCCUAGAGAUGGUUGUGCAUGAAAAUCCCAGUAGAUCUGCAGUUUCUGAAAUACUCAGACCAGCCCAUGCCACUGUCAAAGUCACUUAAAUCACCUUUCUUCCCCAUUCUGAUGCUCGGUUUGAACUGCAGCAGAUCGCUUUGACCAUGUCUACAUGCCUAAAUGCAUUGAGUUGCUGCCAUGUGAUUAGCUGAUUAAACAUUUUGCGUUUACCAGCAGUUGGACAGGUGUACCUAAUAAAGUGGCCGGCGAGUGUAUAUUGCAUACAUGACAAUGUAUAUACGUGAAAUCCAAAUAUGAUCUUGCAUGUCGUAUAUGUAAUUUCAAUGUAUCAGAUUUCUACAUGGGAAUGCUUGUACCGUAAAUGGAAAUCUAGAAUACAGCAUUAACUUUAAGCUGUUGUAGCUUUGCAUAGACAGACCUUUACUGUGACGGCUCCACAGAAAAAGCAUGAUUCAAUCAAAGCACACAAAACACCAUAUUUCAUUGCUUGUGCUGAUUCCUGCUUAAUGUGCAUUUAGAUUUUGUAGUUUAAAGACAGAUGUGGUUCACAUUUACUGAGCGAGAGAAAGUAUGUACAGUAAUCCUGAGGUCGUCACAGUCGGGGUAGAAAACGUUUAAUCACAUUAAAUCCCAUCACAAACAUGAAUUCAAAACCUUGAGAAUUCUGGACCUUUGCAUACAUACUGAAGCCAAGCAAAAGAGCAUUUCGUGAACUACAACAGACAGAGCAGCAGAUGUUAUUCUUUUAUUACCGUAUGUUAAAGGUGCACUCAGUACUACUGUUCCUCAGGUGUCAAACAAAUAAAGAAUCUAUUAUUUUUGAACAACACUCUCGGUGAAUCUAAGACUCUCUAAGAAAUAAAGGUUCAAAACCUGUCACUGAGGCAUUAGCUUUUCAAAAGGUACAAUUUUGUACCUAACAGGUCCACAUUUAUAGCAUGAAUGUGCACAUUCAUUCAUUUUACUUCGGCUCAGUCCCUUUUUUAUCAGGGGUCACCACAGCGGAAUGAACCACCAACUACUUCACUAUAUGUUUUACGCAGCACAUACCCUUCGAGCUACAACCCAGUACUGGGGAACACCCAUGCACGCUCAUUCACGCACACACGCACGCACGCACACACACACGCACACACACACUCAUACAUUAUUAUGGUCAAUUUGGUUUAUUCAAUUCACCUAUACCACAUGUGUUUGGACUGUGGGAAAAUCGGAGCACCCGGAGGAAAGAAACCCACAUGAACACGGGGAGAACAUGCAAACUCCACAAAGAAAUGCCAACUGGCCCAGUUGGGACUCGAACCAGCGACCUUCUUGCUGUGAGGCAACAGUGCUAACUACAAAGCCAUUGUGUCAUCUAAAUGUGCAUAUUAAUAUUUAAAGUGUAUUAAUUUGUAGCUCCUAGUGCCUUGAAUGUACUAAAGUGUACUCUAAAAGUACAAUUGUUCCUUUAAGGUACCAAAACGCCCAUGUAGGGUACCAAAAAGGUACCUUCUGAAGAGAUACGGCCCCAGUAACAGGUUUUGUACCUUUGUUUCUGAGAGAGUAUAAUAAAUGUCUUAUUCUGUUAAGAUAUACACUCCUGUUAUUAGUCACUUUCUCACACAAAACAAAUGACUUACAAUAAAGCAUUUCUGCAACUCAA